GCGACAGAGACGGAGAACUCGAACGACAUGAACGCGGAAAAUAAUCAUACGGCAGAGAGCGAGAGCAAACAAACGGACCACGGCAGCAUCAUCACCAUUCAGACCACAAUUGGAGACGAAGAUGAAGACGUGCACAAAUGUGGACGCUGCCACGCCGAGUUUUCCACGCUCGAAGCUUUCAUUCAACACAAGCUGCACCAGCGCUGCAAGCGGCUCCCCGAGCCGCCGGCUCUCGACGCGAAUCCACGGGAUGACGCCGAAGAGUUUUCUGCAGCAAAUGGAGACUCUGCCUCAGCGGUGAAAAUGGAUACGAGCGCAGCUUCAGAUGUGCUAGAGAAGUCCAAAAUUAACGAUGAGGCAGGGGGUCAGUUGGGUCGAGGUCGUAGGAAGAGAAUCGCCUCAUCGAAAGCUGUUGAGCAGUCAGGUGUACUUAAAGAGGAGAAAUCUGACUGUACAGACAGUGCCAUGGCAGUUUACAAAGUCAACCAAGAGGGACGCUACAUUUGCCAGCUUUGUGAAAAGACAUUCAAAACUACCAACAUUUUAAGAACUCAUAUGAAUACUCACAAUGAGCAGAAGAACUUCCCCUGUGAGCUUUGUGGCACUGCCUUCCGUACUAAAGGUUCCCUGAUUCGCCACAAUCGUCGACACACAGAUGAGCGUCCAUACCGCUGUACCCUAUGUGGUCUGUCAUUCAGAGAGUCGGGCGCUCUCAGCAGACACCUCAAAUCCAUCACCCCCUGUACAGAGAAGAUCCGUUUCAUUCAGUACAAGGAGAUCCUUGUCAGCAAGGACGGAAUUCAAAAAGGUGUGGAGGCUGCAGCUGCUCAAUUGACUGACCAGCAGGACUUGGUGGUACUGGAGCAGCAGCCACAGGAACAGGAGGUGGAGGAGCCUCAGGCUACAUCAAUAAGUGUGGUAGAGGCCGACUCUCAGGAGGUCAUCCACCAAGCGCACUUUGCCAUGGAGGUGGACGGAGCAACAGAGGAACAACAAGUUGUUGUAGAGCAAUCUCAGGCUGAGGCCCUGGCGGCGGCAGCAGAAACAGGUAACAAUCUAAUCUGCCAAGCCGUCAUCAACUCUGGCGUUGCCCUCAAGACCAAUGAGACGGUGGAGGAGGAACUGCAGGAAGCCGAGGAGAUGCGUAAAGUCAUCUUUGACUGUCCUGAUGCUGAGGACAGAAUGACUGAUGUCCAGGUCACAGAGAUGUGUGUCGAGAUUGAAGGAGAGGAAAUAAAAGACGUAGAGGAUGAUCGGGCUCCGUCAAAGUUGCACAAGUGUCCACACUGCAGUCGAUCCUUCAAAGGGCUGAACUACCUGCGCUUUCAUGUCAAAGGUCAUUUGGGUUACAAGCCCUUUAAGUGCACCCGGUGUCACAAAGAGUUCCUGACUGGCUAUCUACUGAAGAAACACAUGGAGGUUCAUGUCAGUGAAAGGCGAUACAAAUGCGGCGAGUGUGGCAAGCUGUACAAGACCAUCGGGCAUGUGCGUGAGCACAUGAGAGCUCACUCGGACGAAAGGCCCUACCGGUGUGCCAGAUGCAACAAGGGGUACAAGACCAAGAAUGCUUUGCAGGUGCACCAGCGCACCCACGGGGAGGAGAAGCCAUAUGUGUGCCAGUUCUGCUUUAGAGGCUUCAGGGAGAAAGGUUCUCUUGUGCGCCAUAUCCGUCACCAUACCGGAGAGAGGCCCUUCAAGUGUUCAAAGUGCGGACGUGGCUUUGCAGAACACGGGACACUUAACCGCCAUAUGCGUGCCAAAGGGGGUUGCCCUAAAGACAUGCCCACUGAGCAGCAGGUGGCAGUAACGGAGGAGCAGGCAUCCGCUGACAGUAUAGCUCCAGCAACCAUCAUCUCAGAGGAUCCCCACGCUGUCCUGGUGGAGUUCUCCUCUGUGGUGGCCGACACACAGGAGUACAUUAUAGGGACACCCGCAGAGGAGGCAGUGCAAGGAGAAGAGGUUACACUUAUCCAAGAUGAACAGAAUCAGAUGGGCAGCCACAUCAUGAAAGUGGUACAACAGAUAGUCAGCCAGUCAUGUGCCGCUGGUGGCACAGGCGGCCACCAGAUCAUCGUACGCAACGUUGCAGUAGGCGAGGAGGGUCCGUCCAUCUCCGAUGGCGGCGACACCAUCACCAUUGCCACACCGGAGAGCCUUACGGAGCAGGUGGCCAUGACGCUGGCCUCCGCAAUUAGCAACGGCACGCUCAUGGCCAUGACAGGCACAAUAGAGACGCCUGAGGGCACUGUCACUAUGGUUACCACCGGCGAGGACGAGACUGAGGAGGGCAUAGAGGUGGUGGAGCAGCAAGAAGAGUACAUCAUUACAUCCCCUGAAGAGGUAGAGGUGCAGACGGCCCUUGCAUGAAGAAAGCACCUGGGAAUUUGAGUGUUUGGGUGGAAUGGGAUAUUGUGACAUUUGGUCGUGACUGUCAAACAGUGCCCCUCUAGCGAGUGUCUAUAGAAUUUACAUGAGCAUUUGUUCUUGUUUUGUUUUGUUGUUUUUGCACUUUACUUACUACCUGUAAGAAAUAAGGCCAAAGUAUCUGAGGUUUAGUUACACAUGAAGAACCACCUAUAAAUUUGUGUGAAUUAUAAUGGAUGAGUGUGUAUGAAAACUAGUUAUUGAAAUAAGAGAAACCGCUAUAUAUAUCUCACACAGACACACCAAUCAGCCAAAACAUUAAAACCACUGACAGGUAGGGCUGUGCGAUAUGACCAAAAUCUCAUAUCACGUUAUAGGUCAUUCAUAUCACGAUAACAAUACAUAUCACGAUAUAGCACAUUUUCUGUAAAUUCAGUGGAUAGUUUAUAUAAAAUGACCACAAUGAAAGGCCUAUUACUUAUUACAUUCUGAUUUAUAUACUUGACAAAUAAAAGGUCCCAUCCAUCCAUUAUCUGAACCGCUUAUCCUGCUCUCAGGGUCACGGGGAUGCUGGAGCCUAUCCCAGCAGUCAUUGGGCGGCAGGCGGGGAGACACCCUGGGACAGGCCGCCAGUCCAUCACACAGCCCCCCCCCACACACACACACACACACACACACACAGAGUCACCAUACCUAGGGACAAUUUAGUACGGCUGAUUCAGCUGACCUGCAUGUCUUUGGACUGUGGGAGGAAACCAGAGCCCCCGGAGGAAACCCAUGCAGACACGGGGAGAACAUGCAAACUCCAAAUAAAAGGUACUUAUAUUUGAUUAUUUUUCUGCUUUUAGAACCUUUGUGCAAAUUUUCAAUUCAGAAUGUAACAAAAUAUAAAAUAUUAAUUUUAGAUUUUGGGCAAAAGCCUCUUGCAACGUCUGAGUCUGGGGUUUGUUCUGAGCACUCGGCUGUGCUUUUGCGGCUCGUCCGUGGACUCUCCGUACUGUUUGACAUGAUUCUUGUGUAGGUGGUAAAAGAGGCUAGUGGCGUUUGAGUCUGUUGUGGGGACCGGCGUGCAGCAUAUUUUGCAGGGUACGGUUUUUUGGUCCAUGUCAGACUUUUCAUACCGAAACCACGUCCAUGCAGUAGAAGUAGCCCCUCCUCGGUACAAGCUCCUCGAUUUGUCCUGGCUGGUCGGAGUCCUGUUCAGAAUUACCCCGUUCUGCAUUACCUCCACUGUCCUCCAUGUUUGUUUGUAUUGCCUUCAUGCAAAUUUCCUGCCUGCGUCCGUGCUGUGCAAAGAGCAGAAAGGGUCUAAAUGACGAAAAAUAUGGCCGUCAAGAGUGUGAUUUGCGACACAACACAAUAAACGAUAGAGCUUAAUACGAAACGACACGAUAUAUGUCGUCAUAUCGCACAGCCCUACUGACAGGUAAAUGAAUAACACUGGUUUUCUCAUUACAGUGGCACCUGUCAAGGGGUGGAUAUAUGGGGCAGCAAGUGAACAGUCGGUUCUUGAAGUUGAUGUGUUGGAAGCAGGAAAAAUGGGCGAGUGUAAGGGUCUGAGCGACCUUGACUAGGGCCAAAUGGUGAUGGCUGGACAACUGGGUCAGAGCAUCUCCAAAACGGCAGGUCUUGCGGGGUGUCACAGAAUCAUGUUUAUUGGCCAUGUAGGUUUGCACAUACAAGGAAUUUGACUCUAGUUUCGUGGCUCUCUCAGUGUACUUAACAUAGAAUAACAACACUACAACGCAACAAUCUUUAGUUAAACGCACAAGGACUGACUUAUACAGGUGGAAUAAGAGGUGGUAAAGUGCAGCGGUGCAGAGAAUAUAUCAGAGAUGCCGAAAUAGAUGUUAGCAGCUUACUUACACACAUGCCUGAGGUAGAUGGACAUGACAGAGUGCACCAGUCCACGUACAAUGGACAGUACAUCCAUCCAUCCAUUAUCCGACCCGCUUAUCCUGCUCUCAGGGUUGCGGGGAUGCUGGAGCCCAUCUCAGCAGCCACUGAGUGGCAGGCGGGGAGACGCCAUCAGACAGGCUGCCAGGCCAUCACACAGGGCAACAUACACACACACAUUCAUACCUAGGGGCAAUUUAGUACGGCCGAUUCACCUGACCUACAUGUCUUUGGACUGUGGGAGGAAAGCGGAGCCCCCGGAGGAAACCCACACAGACAUGGAGAGAACAU